AUGCUCACCGCGACGACGGCGUCCGCGGCGACGCCCCCCUCCUCCGCGCGCGCCGCGCGUCGUCGCGUCGACUCCAGCGCGGGCGCGUCGUCGCGCGCGUCGAGGUCCGCGCCGACGCGCGCGGGAAGCGAUCUCCGCGGACGACCACGACGCGAGACGACGACAGCGACGGUCGCGACGCGCGCGCUCACGGACGACUCCGCGACGACGACGAACUCGCCGUGGAAAGCCCCGCCGUCGACGUGCACGGGCGCGGCCGCGGAAGCGCGCCAGGUCCUCCGCCUCCUCCGCGAGGGCGCGGCGCGCGCCGACGCCUCCGUCCCGCGCCGCGUGCGCGUCGAGCUCCCGCUCCCUCCCGCGGAUAUGGACACGGACGCGAUGGUGUAUCUGGGCCUCCACGGCCAGGCCGCGGACUGGAGCGGCGGGAUGCAGCAGCGAUUGCGCGUCACGAAGGCGCUCAUCGACGGCGAGGGAGGGCUGCUCGACGGGUACGCGGACGCGAAGUACCUGGGGCUGCUCGACCGAGACGCCGACGGCAUGGGCGUGUGGACGCUCGGCGAAGACCUCACGAUCGUGACGCACCCGUCCGACACGACGAUGCGAUACUUCUUGGACCUGUGCCGAGGCGAAUACGGGAACCGCGUCCGCGACGACUCACACGUCCUGUGCGCGGUCAACGCGUUCUGGAGCGGCGACGGCGCCUCCGCGGGCGACCGCGUCGGGCAGCCGUGGGAGCUCGGCCUCAAGAGAGAGGCGAAAGAGGUCCUGACGCGAGACGGGGACUGGGACGUCGUGUACUGCGCGCGGAGGAUACGAAGCGCCGCGGGGGUGGAGGGGACGCUGCGGAGGGCGUGGCCGGGGCCGUGGCGGCUGUUCGACGCCGAGGGCGUGACGUUGGUGAUGGAGAGGGCGUCGCAGCCGAGCAACAGGGAGAUGGCAGAGGCGCUCAACGAAAACGCCGGCGCGGGGGAAGCGGCGGGGUUUAACCGCGCGUCCGUGGACACGAGCCGCGACGACGACGUCAUCUCGUGA